AUGAAGCCUAAUAAUAUGAAACAAACAAAUAUUAGUCAAUUUUUUGCUCCAACAAAACAACCAGAGCCAAUUAUAGAGGAAGGAUUUGAUUCAUUUUUUGAUGAUAUACCUACAGAAGAGUUAGAACCAGAUUUAAAUUCUAUACCAAUUUCCUCUUCACAGCAAACAUCUACAUCAAAUACCUCUUCACAACAAACAUCUUCAGCAAAUACAUCAUCUUCAGCCACUACUACCACUACUACUAAUACUAAUUCACAAAUACCGAAAGCACCAACAACACCAUCAAAACUAAAGCUACCAACUUCUUUCACAUCAAAAUCAAAUACACCAACCAAAUCAUUACCACCAUCAAAUUUUAGUUUGGUAGUCAAUGAACAAGAAGAAGAAAAUGAAAUGAACGAUAAUUCAAAACCACAACAACAACAACAACAACAACAACAACAAAAUUUAUUUAAAAGUAAUAUAACCAGUAAUAGUGGUGGUAGUAGUAAUGAUUUAUUUUCUAGAUUUAAAGAUGAAAAACCAAAGACUACAACUACCCUUUCUACACCUUCAAAACCAUUAUCGCAACCACAAAGAAAUAACACAAAUGAAAUAUCAAAAAAAAGAAAAGAAAUGGAUUUUAAUGAAGAUGAAUCGAAUACAAAUUAUGAUAAUAAUAAUAAUGAUGUUGAGGAUUUAGAUGAGUUUUGUUUUGUUAAUAAAAAUAAACCAUCAUCAUCAUCAUCAUCAUUAAAUACCAAUACUACAACUACACCAAAAGCACCAACUAUAACACCAAAAACUCCAACUAAAACUCCAACAAGAAGACCAGUCGUUACAUAUGAUGAGGAUGAUGACGAUGAUGAACAAGAUGAUGAUGAGGAUGACGACGAUGAUGACGAUGAUAAAAAAUCAAAAUCAACAACAACGACAGCAGUAAAGAAAAAAGGUAAUGCAUUUGGUAAAAAAGAUAAAAAAGAGAUAGAAGAGAGAUAUUCAUUCCUUGUCAAUAUAAAAGAUGCCAAUGGUAAUCCAAAGGAUCAUCCAGAUUAUGAUAAGAGAACAUUACAUAUACCAGCAAGUUGUCUAUCGAAAUUCUCACCAUUUGAAAGACAAUUUUGGGAUAUUAAAUCAAAAAACUACGAUACGGUUGUAUUCUUCAAAAAGGGUAAAUUCUAUGAACUCUACGAGAGUGAUGCUGAUAUCGGUCAUCAACAACUUCACUUGAAACUUACUGAUCGUGUCAAUAUGCGUAUGGUUGGUGUACCAGAGAUGUCCUUUAAUCAUUGGGCUUCAAAGUUAAUUCAUUUGGGUCAUAAAGUGGCCAAGGUAGAUCAAAUGGAGACAUCAAUCGGCAUGGCAAAGAGACAGAAUGAAAAAGGUGGUCGUAAUAAAAAAGAUUCAAUCAUUCAGAGAGAGUUAACUUCAAUUCUUACCGCUGGUACACUUUUGGAUGAACAAAUGAUCACCGAUCAAACUUCAACCUAUCUUAUGGCCAUAAAAGAGAAUGAAUACGAUAAACAGUAUGGCGUUUGUUUUGUCGAUGUAUCAAUUGGUGAAUUCUAUCUUUGUACCAUUCAAGACGAUGAUAAUCGUAUGCAAUUCGAAACGCUACUCCUUCAAAUGAUGCCAAAGGAAAUCGUCUAUGAAAAGGGCGCAACCUCUCCAAAAACCAUCUCCAUUAUGAAGCGUGUUCUCUCCACUGUUAAACCAGUCAUGAAUGCUCGUCUCUCUCUAGAAUAUUGGGACCCAACAGACACUAUGGAACGUAUCACUCAGCUUUGUGGUGGUAAAACACCAGAGACCCUCUGUCAAAUGAAAAAUGAAGAAUAUCUAAUGGGUGCAUUGGGUGGUUGUAUCAGUUAUCUCAUGGAUAUAAAGAUUGGUAAUAGCGUCGUUGAACAAGCUCGUUUCAAACGUUUCAAUCCAUUGGAUAUUGGAAACUCUAUGAUUUUGGAUGGCCAAUGCUUGGUGAACUUGGAGAUAUUCAACAAUAGUACCGAUGGUUCAACUGAGGGUACUCUUUUCAAGUUGAUGGAUCGUUGUACCACUGCCUUUGGAAAACGUAUGUUUAGGCAAUGGAUUUGUAGGCCAUUGGCAAAUAAGAAUGCAAUUGUUGAUCGUCAAAAGGCAAUCGAAUUCCUAAGAGAUAGUCCUGAAACCCUUCAAAAAGUAACGGCUAUCCUCAACAAACUACCUGAUCUCGAAAGAAUGAUCGCAAGAAUUCGUGCUCAAACUUCAAAAAUCUCUGAUCUCAUUUCAGUUUUAAAUCACUUUGAUAAUAUACAUUCAAAACUAUUGGAGCUAUUGGAUGAAGCAGAACAAAUCGAAUCUAUUCACCUAAGAAGUUGUCUUUUUAUGGAUAAUCAACAAGACAACGACGAUAUUGAUGAACAAGAAAACAGUAACAACAACAACAACAUUCGUUAUUCUGGUUAUCCAAAUCUUAAACCCUAUAUUGAACGUGUUAGAAAGAGUUUUACCAUUGAACAAGAUCGUGUGGUACCAUCAAAAGGUUUGUUUUUAGAGUUUGAUCAAUGUUUAGGCAAUAUUCAAUCAUUGGAACAAUCGUUUGCAAAACAUUUAGAGGAACAAAAAGCUCAUUUCAAGUGUAACAAAAUCGAAUAUAAACAUAUGGGUAAAGAGAUCUAUCAAAUAGAGAUACCCGUUGCAUUUACAAAAAAGCUUCCAGCAGGUUUCUCUUUAAAAUCAUCAAGCUCCAAAGUUAAUAGAUAUCACAGUCCAUUCGUUACAAAGAAUCUCACCUCUUUGUUGGAAGAACGUGAUACCUAUGAGGUGUUAUCAAAAGAGGUUUUGAAAAAGAUUCUAUCAAAUUUCGCAAUCUAUUUCAAUCAUUUCCAAAUUGCAAUUACAAAACUCUCUCAAUUGGAUUGUCUGUUAUCUUUAUAUAAAGUUAGUUUUCAAUCUUCAAUUCAAAUGUGUCGUCCCCUAUUCGUCUCUAGUGAUCAACGUGGUUUCAUUGAUGUAAAAGAUAUGAGACAUCCUUGUAUCUAUUCAAAAUCUGGUGAUGAUUUCAUUCCAAAUGAUAUAUCUUUAAAUACUGAAAAUAAUCCUCCAUCUUUAAUGGUUUUAACUGGUCCUAAUAUGGGUGGUAAAAGUACAUUAUUACGUCAAUCAUGUAUUUUAGUAAUCAUGGCACAAAUGGGUUGUUAUGUAUCAGCAUCAAGUUGCGAAAUGUCAAUUGUAGAUAGAAUUUUCACUCGUUUAGGUGCAAAUGAUAAUAUUUUAGCAGGUCAAUCAACAUUUAUGGUUGAAUUGGCAGAAACAAGCGCAGUUCUAAAGUAUGCAACCAAACGAUCAUUGGUUAUUUUGGAUGAGUUGGGUAGAGGUACAAGUACAUUUGAUGGUUAUUCAAUUGCAUAUUCAGUUUUAAAUUAUUUAGCAACCAAAGUUCAAUCGAUGUGUAUAUUCGCAACUCACUAUCAAUCAUUGGCAUAUGAACCAACAGUUCGUGAUCUCAUUUCCACAGCAUAUAUGACUUGUCAUGUUGAUGAAGAGGCUAAAAAAGUUAUAUUCCUCUACAAAUUGGCAAGUGGUGUUUGUCCAAAUUCAUAUGGUCUUCAUGUUGCUUCAAUGGCUGGUUUACCAAGAGAAAUCAUUACAAAGGCUGAAGAAAAAUCAACUCAAAUGGAAAAAGACUCUGUUUUGGUCUCAUUCAUUCAUGGUACCAUAUCUCGUUCGAAAUUGGUUGAAAAAAUAGUUCAAUCAUACAAACAAAAAGAUUUGAACCAAUUAAUUCAAUUAUCAAAUACUUUAAAAGAUUUAAAUUUAAAUAAAUAG